UGAAGACACAUUCGCAGCAUGGGGAGCCCGAUAGGUCAGGGCUAAAAUUGGACUCCAAAGGUUGAUGUUUUAGCAGGGGAAAUACGAUCGCAAGUGCUGGCAGCACAAGUUUCCCAUGCGUGACAUUUAACGCCGCACGUUAACCGAGGAGAGUGCGCGUAAUGCGCCGUCAGUGCGGACCAGUGCUGUUAAUUCUUCUCGGGGGUCGUCGUAUGCGCUCCCGUCGGCGCACAGCAGAAAUGUCUUUUUUAACCAUACCGAGUCAAGAGAGUCUUUUUACUCCCAUCCAAAGUGGCAGGUCACCCGACGAGGCGGAAGGCCGUUUGGCGGACGACGACGACGACGACGACGAAGAAGACGACGACGACGACGACGACGACGACGAGGGGAGCGAGAACGUGCGCCUGAUCCCAAGAUGCUCCCCGGUGCCCAGGAGGCGAGGCGCGUCCAUCCACGACGAGACGGCCGAGUACCUGCGCAUCCAAGCGGCGCUGUCCCCCGGAAAGCGAGUGUCGUUCGCCGACACAAUCGGCGGCGACCUGGUGGACGUCCGCGAGUUCGUCACCUUCGACUCGGACGACGAAGAGGACUUUGCGAGGUGGGACGAAGAGCGGGCAAAGUAUGGCAAGACCGAGCGAGAGCCGGCGUUCCUUGUGCAUCCGGAGUUUGAGCCCCUCGGCGGAGGCGCGCUGCUGGAGGCCGUGCGCGCGCAGCAAGUGCGCAUCGAGCACAUCGGUCCCGUGGACCAUGAGCCUCUUGCCUUCAGUGGCCUUGUGCGGGUGCUCAACGUCUCCUUCCACAAAGCGGUCUACAUCAGGUCCACCAUGGACAACUGGGAGACGUACUUCGAUCACCCCGCAGAGUAUGUCCAGGGAUCCCACGACGGGGACACUGAUAAGUUUUUCUUCAAGCUGUCUUUUGCACGCCCGUACGUCACUCAUGGCUCUCGCAUCGAGUUCGUUGUCCGCUACGAAACCACCGAGGGAGACUACUGGGACAAUAACUCCCAUAUGAACUAUGUGGUGUCUCUGCAUCUGUCCUAUGAGGAGGAAUCGGAGGAGACUGAGAGUGGGCAGCAGGAAGUGAGAGGCAUCAUGAGAGCCCCCAAAGACUACAGUACGUGCAUUGGUUUAGACUCAAGCGACAAUGAAGAUGAAACAGAGACUUCCAGGUCAGGAAGUGAGGGUCGAGAAGGCCCCUGCCCAGUCAUCAUACCACCUGAGCUCGACAAGGAGGGAAGAUCAAUCUUAGAAGAACUGGAUAGGAAGCAGCAGAUUUUGCAGUUAUCACAAUAAAUCUUUAACAGAAUUGCAAUUAUUUUUCUUUAGGAGCAAAUAGUCCACAACAAUCAGUGUUUCGAUUAUGUUAAAAUUAUCUUAAUUUACAUCCAUGUUGAAACAAGCCUUCAAAUGUACAGUAGAAGCAGGUUGUGUGUUUUAAUUAGCAUCCCGCUUAUUACCCUUGUGUGUAAUCUUGAGCUACAUUUUGUUUUUACAUCCAAUUUACAUUAAACUAAUUCAAGACAAGCUUUUUAAAGGGAUAACAUCAUCUCAUCUUCAACUAAUGUGUGCCUGACUGAACACUAGUUGUUGGGUUAGGUAGAAAAUAAAGGGAUGCUGACCAAACAAACGCAUGGCUUGAUUGGUAGUAAAUAG